GUUCAAACUAGGAAAACUGUGGGUCUCCUUUUCCUAUCCUCCUUCUACUUUCACAAUCUGAUACUACUCUCUCUCUCUAAAGAUAUAUAUAUAUCUGUCUCUAUAUCUUUAUCAUUGAUUUGGGCAGGCUUUGUUCUGUGGAUUUCAUUCUCUGUUUGGAAAAAAACUUUUUCUUUUUUUCUGCUAGGCAAGAAAGCUACAUACUUGGUUAGGUGGGUAAAGAGAAAGAUGACUGGAGAGUUUUCCGGCAAGGCGCCGAAGGCCGGCUCCGGCGAGGGCUGCAUAGCACUCCUACGGGGUUUAGGGCGUGAAGAGAUUUUGGAGGUUUUGUCUGAUGGGUUUUGUCAGCACUGUGAAUCUCUUUUGCAGACUCGUAUUCAGAAUCUGAUUGACGGAAAGCUUAGCAAAAUGUCGAUAUCAAACGGUAACAAUACAGAAGAAUUCUCUGACUCCUGGUCUGCAGACUCAUCAAGCUUGGGUUUAUCGGGAAGAGAUAUACAGUCUUCCACUAAGAGUACUUCAUGGGGUUCUACACAAACCCCAGAAUCUGUUUACUCUGGAAAGCGGAAAGGAUUUGUUUCCAGUUCAUCACCUGCAUCAGUGAGCAAACAGCCAUCGAUCAAUCAUUCAGGCUCUGACAUAUCACUUAAUGAUGGACUUGGUGGAGUUUCCUCAAAUGGUAGUAAUAGUAGUAUGUCAGAGGAACAGAAGGAGCAUAUCAGGUUCUUACAAGUUGGUAGGAAGAAGGAUUUUGUAAAUAUUGAGAGGAUUGAUGGGAAGCCAACAAAUAUACUUCAAGGACUUGAGCUUCACACUCAAGUUUUUAAUGUUGAGGAGCAAAAAAAGAUCGUUGAAUGUGUUUAUGAUUUGCAGCAUAGGGGACAAAAGGGGCAGCUUAGAGCACGAACAUAUUCGGAACCAAGGAAGUGGAUGCGUGGUAAAGGGCGUGUUACUAUACAAUUUGGUUGCUGUUAUAAUUAUGCAGUGGACAAAAAUGGAAAUCCUCCAGGUAUAAUUAGAGAUGAAGAAGUUGACCCCCUUCCUCAUUUGUUCAAGGAAAUGAUCAAGAGGAUGGUUAGGUGGCACGUCCUUCCUCCGACAUGUGUACCAGACAGCUGCAUUGUGAAUAUAUAUGAUGAAGGGGAUUGCAUUCCUCCGCACAUCGACCAUCAUGACUUCGUUCGACCUUUUUGCACUGUGUCGUUCUUGACUGAGUGCAAUAUACUCUUUGGAGCGAAUCUGAAGAUUUUUAGUCCAGGAGAAUUUUCGGGUCCUGUCUCUAUACCUUUACCUGUUGGAUCAGUGCUCAUUCUAAGCGGUAAAGGUGCCAAUGUAGCUAAACAUUGUGUACCUGGCGUCCCAGGAAAAAGGAUUUCCAUAACUUUCAGAAAAAUGGAUGACAGCAAGCGGCCAUUUAAGUUUUCACCUGACCCUGAGCUUCAAGGUAUAAAGCCUCUUGGCAAUACUCCUUUGAACAGAUCACUCGUCCAACAAAAUCGACAGGAGAGUAAAACAGUCACUCGAAAUGAAGCACCCAUUUUACCAAAGGCAAGUAGCAAAUCUUUUCUCAUUGAGAAAGAUGAGUUUCCUCCUCUCAAGAGCUUGAGUUCUGGUACCCGACGAAAAGGCUAACAAAAUGGAGCAUUGGAUCUAUGACAUCAUGUUGAUUGGUUACGUUCAAUCGACAUUAUUUGUGAAGAUAUUGAAAUGAUCUGUUUGUAUGCAGAAAUCGAAUUUUGAUAAUAUACCAAUGUAAUGUAGUUGCAGUUGAUUUAUAUGUUUGAUUUACUAUGGCAUUUGGUUAGGGGGAGAAUGAACUUGCUUUUUUCUGUUUACUGGGCAUCUGAGAUGUCACAAAGUUGUUUCUAGUAACUACAUUAUUAUCGAAAAUAAUUCACUGCCCAAUUUGAAAUGUACUUCUAAGU